UAUAAAAAAAAACAUCAAAUAAACAUCUCUUAUAGUAGAAAACCGAACCAUAUCUGAAGCGCUGUCAUGGCUUUCCCCUGGGGAGCCCUCCUAACCACAACAUUGUUGUUUCUUGUUGCAUUCUCACUUCCUAAUGCCCAUGCUGCUGAAAACGACACCAACAAAUAUAACAAGAAAGGUGAACUCAAAAAGCAGCGACCAGCUUUUGCGCCCACUGGAUGGAAGAAAGCCAAAGCUACUUUCUACGAUGGAGACUCUAAAUCAUUCGGUGGAGCUUGUGGGUACGAAGAUGUGGUUAAGGAAGGCUAUGGCGAAGACACUGCAGCAGUGAGUAUAGCUAUGUUUAAGGAAGGUCAGACAUGUGGCGCAUGUUACGAGGUAAAAUGCGCAGAUACUGGAGGGGCAUGUAAGAAAGGGAAAUCCUCUAUAUCGGUGACGGCAACGAACCUUUGCCCUGAUGGAGGAUGGUGCAGCCCACCAAAGGAACACUUUGAUUUGGCCAAAACUGCAUUUCUGAAAAUUGCAGAGGAGAAGGCUGGCGUAAUCCCAGUUAAUUAUCGCAGGAUACCGUGCAAGAAGAAGGGAGGGAUUCGAUUCACAAUCACUGGGAAUCCUCAUUUUAAUCUCAUAUCAGUGUCCAACGUUGGAGGAGCUGGGGACGUUAUAGAAGUGGAGGUGAGGGGUGACAAGAAAACCAAGAAUUGGACAACUAUGAAGCGAAAUUGGGGACAAAAAUGGCAGACUGAUGUCAUGUUAGUGGGAGAGACAUUGUCUUUCAGGGUCAGAACUAGUGAUCGCAGGCACUGUAUCGCUCACAAGGUUGUUCCCAAUACUUGGCAAUUUGGUCAAACGUUUGAAGGCAAGAACUUUUAGGUCUUAGUCUGCAACUUCCACCUUCUAUCUAGGAAGUGACUAGGUUACUUGUCUACAUAGAAGUUAGUUCAGCUCAGAUAAACAUUAUCCCUAAUAUAUCGCUUUUUAUUAUUACCAGACAUGUCUGAUAUAUUUUUCAAAAAAAG